AUGGAAAGAAAAGUAUCAUCCACGUCAGACUAUUCACACACCUCGUCUGUGGUUAUACAACCGCAUUUGAAUGGUUUAGGUAAACGAGUUAUUGAAGAUAUGAUGUCAACUAAUAAUAAUAGCAACAACAACAACUAUCACCAGGAUUCCACUUUUAAUACUCAAGAAUUAUAUGAGGAACGACAAAAGAACUCAAAUAGAUUUAUGGUUUCUACAUUUGAUAACAAUUAUAACGAUCAUAAUUUAAAAUAUCAUCAACAAAAACUCAGCCAUUCUACAAAUCUAGAUGAUAAGCCACUCCCUUUAUCACCCCCUUCCAAGGAUACUCAACACAGACAGCAACAGGCAGAAGAAGAUUUAGUCUCAGAUGAUGAAUUUAAUGAAACUAUAGACUUGGAAAAAUCAAUUAGUGGCAUUAUUGAUGUGGAUCUAGAUGAUCAAUAUGAAGAACAGUUGGAAGAUGAUUCAUUUGAUGAUGGUUCUCAUAACCAUAGUCAUAGCCAAAAUAAUUCUUAUCCACAAGACGAAGAUGAAGAGUUGAUGAAUUAUCUAGAUAACGAUUAUGAACCUGCUUCGCCUCCUCGUUCGCCUCCAAGAGAUUUAGAUACUGAUAAAUUGUAUGGUUUAUAUGAAUUUUCUGGUCCUGAUCCUUCUCAUUGUUCGUUGCAGGUUGAUGAACCUGUUUAUUUAAUCAACGAUCAAGAUAGUUAUUGGUGGCUAAUUAAGAAAUUAUCAAAACAUGAGAAAAUGGAACGUUUUAAACGUAUUGAUAUGAAUCAUUUGGAUGUGGAGUCUGAUGAUGAAGAUGGCAAAGUUGGAUUUGUUCCAGCUGAAUGUUUGGAGACCUAUGGAGAACGUUUAGCAAGAUUGAAUUGUUUUAAAAAUGAAGAAUUGGAAAAAGUCUGUGCUCCUCUUGCUCGUGAAGAAUCAGCCGUGAGUUUAAAUAAGAAAUCAGGAUCAAAUUCAAGCUCCACUAAUAAUGUAGCUAAAAAAUCUGUCACGUUUGAAAAUUUGGGUGAUAUAAUUGAUGAAUAUUCUGAUGAAGAACCAAAAGAUGAUCAUGAUAAUAUUCGUCAGAAUCUACAAUUUUAUAAUGAUCUAGGUGCAAUUAAACCUUUGAACACUUCAAACCAACAAGAUCAACAACCAGAAGUUUUAAGUGAUGUUUAUCCAGUUGAUGCUCCUUUAGUUGUACCCAAGAAUAAUAACUCCAAAAACGUUCUUGAUAAAUCUGCAUAUUCCACUACAAUCACUCCUACAUUACAAUCAUCAAAUAUGUUUGAAGAUUUAUUUGUUAAACCAAAACAACAAAAUAAAAAUAAAGAAUAUGAUGAUGUUUCUAUUGGAUCAUUUUCUCCUGAUACUCCAGUUAAAGGCAAAUCACCAUUGAGAACAGAAAUUGGUGAUGCUUUAGACGACGAUGAAGAAGAUGACCAAGUGGCUAGAAAUAAUAGUUUAUCAAGUUUAAGACGAUCAGUUAUCCUUGACAGACUAACCCAAGUUACUUCUGAUAUACAAGAACAACUACGAUUAGAUGAUGAUGAUGAUGAUGAUGAUGAUGAUGAUGAUGAUGAGGAGGAGGAAGAGGAAGAGGAAGACCUUAAUGAAGAAGUGACGCCACUACAGAGCACAAAAUCGAUUAUUCAUAACACUUCGAUUGAUGAUGAUGUCGGUGUGGAGGAAGAAGAAGAAGAAGAAGAAGUUAAAGGAUUUUCAUUUAAUGAUAGUACUGAUUCACAUUCUCAUUUUAGUAAUCAUAGUUUAAAUGAUUCACAUUCACAACAUUCAAGAGGUAGUCGCGAAUUGGAAGAAUUGAGCCAAGAACAAGGUAGUAGAAUUGCUACUCCAGAGAAAGUUAGUCGUACUGCUACACCUGAACAACUUGACCAAUCACUAUAUUCAAAUCAAUCAGAGCAAUCAUUUACUACCAACAAUUCUCAACGUUCUUCUAGUAAUACCAUCACCAACACACCAAUUCAAGUGAAACGUACCAGAACCCCAGAUUUUGUCAAUCGUACUCCAAGUCAAGAACGUGUCAAGAAUACGCCAGUUCAAGUGAAACGUACACCAACACCAGAGCACAUCAAUCGUACCCCAAGUCAAGAGAGAGUUAGAAAUACUCCAAUACAGGUUAAACGCACACCAACACCAGAACAUGUUAAACGUACCCCAAGUCAAGAUUGUACAAGAAGUACACCACUUCAAACCACUCAAACACCAAGAGAAGAGAUUCAAAUGACACCAACUCAUAAAUUACUCUAUCAACAAGGUAAUAACAUGUCACCUACACUUCAAAAAUUAUUGCACACACCUUCAUUUAAUCAACCACCAGUAAGUCAAAUUCCAACGCCAAAUUCCUUACGUUCUCCACCAAAUCAAUCAUAUUCAGUUUCUGAAUUGUCUUAUAAUCACUUGCCUAGAAACAUUAGUGGAGUUGAAAUGGAAGAUGAAGAAGAAGAAGAUGGAGAAGAAGAACAGAGCAGUUCUGAAGAAAACAAUCAUGACGAUAGUAUUACACCAUUAACAAGUAUGAAUUCUUUAACACCUAUUGAUGAAAGAAGAAAACUGAAACCUGUUCAUGAAAUGUUUAUGCCAAUUCUUGGGAAAUUUGAUGAACUUGCUGAAAAAUUGGCUGAAUUAGAUGAUAUUCUUAAAUAG